UCAAUUACAAAAAACCUCCUCUCUCCGUCAUCUUCGUCAUAAAUACUUAUAAGUUGCUUAAUCAAGUCUUUUUUUUUGCAUCAGAAUCCAGCAAAACUCAGAUCAUGAAAUCUAAAGUUAGCGGCCAAAACAGUUUUCUGAGAGUCAUCACAAUUCCCUAUCGGGUUCUAUGCAAAGCCCGGGAUUUCUACGUCAGAAGCAUUACAGAUUGCUCUGUCAUGGCCAAUUAUCGUCCCACGAACAUGCGUGGCCUGUCAAAGAGCUAUAGCGUCAGAUCAUCCUUGUCGUCGGAAAGUGAGGAUUUCAGGGAGCUUGUUCGGGCUUCAUCAAACCGGAGAACUGACCUGGAUUUGGAGUUGUACCUGCAACAACAGAAGAAAGUCGGGAUGCCGAGGAGUAGCAGCGUGGCCAUGGGGAGUAUCGAUGAAGAUCGGCCGUGUUGUUACUUUGGAGAAAUGAAUGUGAAUUCGAAGAGGGAAUACAAGUAUCCCAGAAGCAGAAGCCACGCUGUGGCAACGACAUCAUCCAGCCUUUUGAUUUAAAUAUUUGUAUAGGUUUUUAAUUAUUUAUUUUUUUAUUGUUACUCGGAAAAUGGAGUUUGGACCUUUGGUUGAUUAA